AUGUCCGCGUCGGCGUCGGUCAAGCUGGGAUCAAAGCCCGACGCCUUCAGAAGGCAGGGGCAGGCGUGGUUCUGCACAACAGGACUGCCCAGUGAUGUUACUGUGGAGGUUGGGGAUAUGUUUUUCCACCUUCAUAAGUUCCCUUUACUUUCCAAAAGUGCCGUUCUUGAACAGCUGAUCGAGGAGAGUUCAGACCAGGAAGAGUGCAUCAUCAAACUAAAUGAUAUCCCAGGGGGUGCAAAAUCAUUUGAGAUGGUGGCAAGAUUCUGCUAUGGAGUGAAAAUAGAACUUUCUUCUUCAAAUGUUGUCCACCUGCGUUGUGCCUCUGAGCAUCUCCAGAUGACUGAAGAAAUAUCUGAUGACAACCUGAUUGCACAGACAGAAAUGUUCCUUAACCAGGUGGUGCUUCGUAACUGGAAAGAUUCUUUGAAGGCCCUCGAAACCUGCGAUGACCUCCUCCCUCAUGCUGAAGAUCUUCAAAUUGUGAAGAGAUGCAUCGAGUCGUUAGCAUCGAAAGCAACCACUGAUCCGAACCUGUUUGGCUGGCCGAUAAGGGAACAUGGCCUCAUGCAAAGCCCUGGAGGCAGUGUACUGUGGAAUGGGAUCAGCACCGGUGCCAGGCCCAGAAACUUCAGUUCAGACUGGUGGUAUGAUGAUGUUUCAUCAUUGAGUUUUCCAAUGUACAAGAGAUUGCUAUCUGGCAUGGAGUCUCGACGCAUACGGCCUGAGAUCAUCGCUGGUUCUUUGGCAUACUAUGCGCGGAAGUAUAUCCCAGGGCUCAGUAGGCGCAAUAGCAUGGGAACAAUGCCCCUGGCUGGUACUCUUUCUGAUGUGGAACAGAGGAACUUGCUUGAGGAGAUCGACAGACUAUUGCCUGUUCAGAAGGGUUUGGUGCCUACAAAACUCUUGCUCGGGCUGCUUAAAACAUCCAUGAUUCUGAAGGCCAGCUCCACCUGCAUUGCCAACUUAGAGAAGCGCGUCGGCAUGCAGCUUGACCAGGCCAGUCUGGAAGAUCUACUGCUGCCAAACUACUCUUACACCAUGGAAACACUGUACAAUGUGGAGUGCGUGCACAGGAUUCUUGAGCACUUUCUGGCAAUGGACCAAGCCAACGGCGGUUGCUCCCCGUGCAUCGAUGACAUGAUGGCGUCCCCUUCCAUGAUACCGAUCACUGCUGUUGCUAAGCUACUUGAUGGCUAUCUAGCAGAGGUUGCACCGGACGUCAAUCUGAAACCUCCGAAGUUCCAAGCUCUGGCAUCUGCUUUGCCCGAGUAUGCCCGGCCACUAGAUGAUGGCCUCUACCGUGCCAUCGAUGUGUACUUGAAGGUAGAUCUUUCAUCCUACUUCUAUCUGCAUCUGCAUGACAUCAUUUUGAUUUUGUGUUGCUUGCAGGCACAUUCCUGGCUGUCAGAAGCUGAGCGGGAGCAGCUAUGCCGGCUGAUGGACUGCCAGAAGCUGUCCCUGGAGGCGUGCACCCACGCGGCGCAGAACGAGAGGCUGCCGCUGCGCGUGGUGGUGCAGGUCCUCUUCUUCGAGCAGCUGCAGCUGAGGACGUCGAUCGCGGGGUGCCUGCUGGUGUCGGACAACCUGGAAGGGUCGUCCAGGCCGCUGCGGAGCGGCGGGGUGGCGAUGUCCGGCGAGGCCGGGGGGUGGUCGGCGGCCGUGAGGGAGAACCAGGUGCUGAAGGUGGGCAUGGACAACAUGAGGAUGCGGCUGGCGGAGCUGGAGAAGGAGUGCUCGGACAUGCGGCAGGAGAUCGAGAAGCUGGGGCGCGGCGGCGGCGGCAAGGGCGGCGGCGGAGGAGGAGGGUGGGCGUCCCAUGUCCCGAGGCGGUUCAGCCUGAAGAUGAAGCCGCAGAUUUGCAGCACCCAGGAGGGGUCGGUGAGCGAGCAGCACAAGAGCAUGAGCGCCAAGCUCGACAAGCUGCAGGCCAAGCUGUCCAAGCAGAAGCGCCAGCUCUCCGCCGACGCCUGA